GUGUUGGAGGGAAGUAGAGCUUAUGCAAAUUCGCGUGUCGCAUUCAAGGUCAAGGACGCAUCACCACUGUAAUAAUGAUGGAGCAUGGAGCCGAUCCACUUCAGGAACUAAGAGAGAGGUGUGCCUCGACGCCUUCCACCACUGAUUUGAAUGACAUCGAUUCCCUGGUGUUUCGGGAGAUCCGUGAAACUUGCGCUCUGACGUUAACCAGGUCUUGUUCAGUUGUUGAUAUACUGGUCAACACCAACGCUUUGACGUUAUCUGAUCGCGGGACUUUGACAGAGCAGGGGCAACUUGUGACGUUAUCUUGGGACACCUCAAAACAGUCUUCAUACCACUCAACAUUAGUCAUACACGUGAACGAGAGUGACUCUCAUGUUAUCCCAAACAUUGUCGGUGUCUUAUGCAAAGAUAAUUUUAGAAAGCUUCAGCAGUUUGCUGUCAUGAUGUUUAAAGACUAUAAAAGUAGAAUAAUAACUCUAAAGGCGUCUCCACUAAGUUUGGAACUUGUUCACGUGGAUUUAACUUUUCUGGAAAAACUCAGGGACAACGUGACGGUUGUUGGGAAGAAUUUUAGGAAUUUAGUCUGUGAGGAGGUACAUACAGAUGUGAGAUUUGAACUGAAAGAGAAUGACCAAGGAGCACAUGGGGGUGGAGACUUUAUGUUUUCUGUUGGAGAGCAACCAAGGGAAGAAGAUGGACGUGGCAAGAAACGUGUCGCCCAGUUGACACCAAGGAAGUCGGCAGAUCGGAUAUCUGGGGCUCAUGGUAUCAGAGAUUUUACCUGUGUCAAAGAUGAGUCCUCCGCACACACAUAUGAACAACUAGAGCGGAAAUUCAAGUCACAUCAGGAGAGCGUUGAGGCCAGAUUGGAGGAACAGAGACUUCAGAAUGAAUUCCUGCGGACUUCCUUGAAUUCCAUUAUGGAAUCUUUGAAUAUAGGUACAAAAGUCAGCAACCCACAUCCUGCUGAAAGUCACAUUGUUGGACAGUGUAGUGUUUCGUCUCCGCUAGUGUCAAGAGUUUCAGGAGAUGGCGAGGAAGCAACACGUGAAUUGCCGAAGACAAACGAUGCAACACACGUACAUGCGUUCGCAGCAGGCGGGAGACCAAAUGUUACUUCUGACCAGAGAGAGGAAAAAGCUUUUACCAGUAAGAGUGACAAGACCCUGUUUGUCCAGAAAUCAAAGCCACCUCCUGUUUCUACAAGUGAGGACAAAAACGAUUCUGAAACAAAACAGUCGAUGCACCGUGACAAGUCUCAUUUCGAUUCCACAAAUACUAAACAUACCCAAUCUGCAAAUCAAUUUGACAACUCAGAGACAUCAGUAAACCUUGUUAACCCACGCCCGACAACACCCGAAUUUGCCUCCUAUAAUGAAUCUGGAGAAAACAAUAUGUUCACAGUUCCAUCACCUGUUCUAAACACAGCCCCUGAUGUGAAGCCUCCUACGCCGCUGUCAAGGAACGUAGAGGCGCCCGGAAUGACGAUGUCCGAUAGAUAUCAAAGUCUACCGGAAGGUUACGUGGAACCGUUCAUUCACAUCGUGGGCAACGAUCCACGGGCAAAUCGUAUAAACGCAACAAUUAAAAGGGAAUUGAAUUCAAUGCAACCAUUCCCGCCUCGUGCUCCGACCUCACUGGGCACUGUCCUAUGUCUCGACACAUCCGCAAGUAUUGGUCAACAGGGACUGCAAGAGAUGAAGAGACAGGCACUCGACUUCAUUGAUGGAAUUGAGGAUAUGGUGCAGGCGCAUGAAUUAGAAGAAAAUAUUGGGGUGGUUGCAUUCGGCGCAACUUCACGGAUUGAACACCACCUCAGCAAUGACUACGCAAGCGUCAGAGAUGCUAUUGAAAGACUAGAGCUCGGAGGUCAAUCUCCUCUCUUUGAGGCAAUACUUGUGUGCAUAUGCUGUAUCAAACGCCGAGGUGGAAUAAUAAAUUUAUCUGGAGUUGUCGCCCUUCGACCACGCCUGAUAAUCUUCACAGAUGGAAAUGCAUCGAAUGAGAGUGACACUGGUGUUAGAGAUGUCCGCCGUACAGACACCCAGGUGAAGAUGCAGAUUAUUGAUUUACUUCAAACACUGACGACUAAAUCAGUCUUUCCAAAGCCUGUUGUAUGGGUUCCUGUGGGACAAGCCGACAGAGAUUUCAUGAUCUUCCUGGCAAAUAAGAGCAACGGGUUCUGCCUCGAGGGAUCGGACAUUACAAAACUGUGCAAGUACCAGCGAGUUCAAACAACAAUCAGCAAAGUAUUUAAAUGCAUCGACAACGGAAUCGGCACUGAGACAGGGACAACACCAAACCAGAUACAAACUCUCCUCAGUGCACUGGGGGGUGAUUUUGAUGAUGAAGAUCAGAGGGAAAUUGCACAGUCGGUGACAGAAUUGAUUGAAAAGGGCGUAAGUGAUUCCGAGCUCAACACUAAUCUGGAGCUGCCAGGCUUGCCACAUCUUGGCAGCAGAGUGGCUCGUGGCAAAGACUGGAAGUGGGAUAACCAGGACACAGAGGGACCCGGGACUAUCGUCAGUCACAUUGCAGCAAGAAAGGAUUGGGUGCUCGUACACUGGGACAACGGUCAGAGAUCUGAGUGUAGGUAUGGUGCAGAGGGCGCCUUUGAUGUGAAGGUUGUCCUUGAUCAGCCCAGAUAUAAUACCUCAGACAUGACGUUUGACAUCGGAUGUGAAGUCACUAGAGGUCCUGACUGGGAGCACAGGUAUGGAUUCCAGGAUGGCGGGUCGGGUGGUGUUGGAGUGGUCAUCGAAAACCAACUGAGUGGCUCAGUUCGGGUCAGGUGGCGGUUCACUUCACACAUUGAUGUGUAUAGAUGUGGCCAGGAAGGCAAGAUAGAUUUGAGUCUUAGAGAUCCAAUUGAAAGUCUGAAAGAAGUGACACAAACAGAGGGGCAGAUGUGUCAUGGUCUCGCUGAAGUAGCAGACAAAGGAAAACGUUCACAUGAAGACGCUGCGUCAGAUAUGGAUGAGGGAGACAACAGCUGGGUGUGGCAAUGGCAGGAUUGGGAGGGGCAGUGGCGACUGUAUUCAGAUGAAGAAAACCAGAAGUUAGAAAAAGUAUUCCAACGCCCCAACGCUAGUUCGUGUCUGUUACAAAGAGAUGGGAAAAGCUUCCGAGUAUUAUUCAAAGAAAAUCAAGAAAAAAGCAUAGACGAUGACAGUAGGAGGAAGGUCAAAAGGACAAGGAUGAGCGAGGAUGAUCUAACCGUGUACAAGGAAGUCGAGCGACAACUGAGGAGAUCCUAACAUACCCUGCUACAGUUAUAUGAUAUUCGCUCAUAUAUUGUAAGUUUAGAGUUGCCUCAACAAUGAUUGGUGACGCACACAUAUUUCAAACAUUGAACGAAAAUAGUGUGCAAUUUAUAGUCUUAUGUCAAAGUAAUAUGACAUCAUCGUACUAGUGCGUCAAUAGUGCUAAGGAUCUGCGAUUAUGAAAGUACGCAGGAAAGAACGCCUUACCAAAGGGAUACAAUGACAUUGUGUAUACUAAUACAAUUUGACUCAUAUAGAGUGGAGACAUGUCUGGAUGCCGACUUAACUCUAUCGUAGUUAAGAGAGGAAAUCUAUUGAUGCGAACUUCUUUCUUAUCAGGAACAAAGCGUUUUGGAGUAUAUGCUUAUUCCUUCAUUAUUCACAUGAUGAAUGGGUACGCAUAUAAUCCGAAACGUUGUGUUCCUCAUUAUAAAGAAGUUGACAUCCAUAAAUUCUCUAUGUCAUGUGUAUCACUUCUAAAUGCCAUUCAAAGAUUCUAUUGUAGUUGCAAUGGUAGUUGUACAUGUACUAAUAGAGGCAUAUGUAAAUAUGAUUUUCUCAUUAAAUGUAUCAGGUGUAUGAAUGUAGGGCAGUACUGGGAUGGAGAAGGCGUCACACAUGCGCAUGUUCUGUUUGAAUGAUGAUAUGUUUGUACAUACAUUUACGCUGCGACCAUCGUGUGAGAAUACAGAAAUAAAUGAAUGAUGUAUAA